AUGCCAGCAUCAAUGAGUUGCAACCCUACAGGCUCAAAAGCUGUCAUAUCUGAUGCUAUGGCAAUCGCUCAGCAGGAGAAUGAUGGGAGAGAGAAAACGCAAAGUCGCAGCAGUAGUUCUUCUGGUAGACGAUCAGAUUCCAUGGGUCGCAAAAGUUCCCGCAAGAGGAGAAGUGGAAGCAGACAUAGACGACGCACCAAGAGCUCCCCAUUGCGGUCUUCCUCACACAGUGGAGGAAGUCAUAGUGGCUCAUCAGAAUUUGUGUAUGAAGAUGAUGGCGAUGCGGAAGAAGCGAGAUCUCGAACUCCUAGGCGAGGCAAAAGAAGCGUCAGCCCAAAAACAAAUUCCGAUGAUAAGCAAGAUAUCAAACCUAGAGCAAAGGACUCUGAUGAUUCUCCUACUCGUAGCAAGGGUAGCAUCAAGGAUCUUGUCAGCCCGUCUGGAAAAAGCAGUGGCACAGUCAGCACUGUUAGCACAGCUCGAAGUGCUGAAAUAUUGUAUGGGGAUGAAGAGGCGAAGGCCAAAGCAAAGGCAUCACGGGGCUCGAAAAUGACCGUCAAACCUGGUGUGGAAGCUGUGAGUCCAUCUGGGAAAAGCAGGGGCACUGUCAGCACAGCUGAAAGUAAUGAAAUAUUGUACGGAGAUGAAGAUGCCAAGGCGAAAGCCAAGGCAUCUCGGGGUUCCAAAAGGUCCUCGAAGCCCGGUGCUGAAGUUGUUAGUGUAUCAGGACAAAGCAUUAGCACUAGCGGUACCACCCGUAGCAAUGCUGUAUUGUACGGGGAAGAAGAUUCAAAGUCCAAAGCAAAGGCAUUGCGAGGUUCCAAGCGAUCUGCAAAACCUGGCGUGGAACUUGUCAGUCUAUCUGGGCAAAGCAGGAGCACAACUUGCAGCAAUCAAAUAUUGUAUGGAGUGAAUGACGAAGAUGCUAGAGCAAAGUCAAAGGCCGUGACGGGGUCUUCUUCCCAUUACAGCAAGAAAGGUAGCAGCACAAAUAGUACUACUGAUACAAGGAGUACUUCCGAGAUCUUAUACGGAAACGAUGCCGGUGCCAAGAGCAAAGUGAAGGGAUCGCGAAGCUCGAAAUCCAACAAGCCUGGAGUGAGACACGUGACUGAAACAGAUUCAGAGACUCCCCCAGUGGAAGGUAAUGUAGUUGCUGGCGUGUUGAUUGAGGACGACUCAGAUUCUUUCAAGAAGGGCUCAGGUGUUGAGGAGGAUAAAUCAGUGGCGUCCAAGAAGCGAAAGUCACGAAAGCAAAAAAAAGUUUCUUACAAAAUGUGGAUUCUUUUGGCUUUUGCCAUUUUUGUCAUCGGCGGUGGAGUGACAGCCUUCAUUGUUCUCAAAGGCGAUGAUGAUGACGGUGCACCAGCCCAAGAUGCUGACUUCCAAGAUCCUACCAUCAACGCAACCGAACCACCUGAGGCUCCAGCCGGUUCUCCAACUGGUACAUCAACAGCGUCACCGUCCGAAAAGCCGCUUCUGGACCCACCAAGUGCUGAAGACUGCGCUGCCAUUAUGAACAACCAAACCAUUCCAGGAAACAGUACACUGUCACAAGUCAACUGGAAUGCCAAUAUUGAGAUCAAUGUCAAGAGUGAAACUGAAAUGACUGACGAAAUGGUACAGGAGUUGUUGGCUUCCAUUCAAGAGCUCUUGCUUCCGGCCAUGGCUGGUUGCAAGGUUGGAGAUCAGCGAAAGCUGACCAACAUUGCAAAGCCAGUGAUCCGUGGAGCAUUCCGAGAACUGAAUGGAUUUCUCGAUGAUUCUCGAUAUGCGAUUCUAAACGCCAAUGUCAAAGGCGAAGUGCAAACCGAUGCAGUCUGCGUUGAUAGAACAACUACUGGGUUGUGCUAUGUUGUCUUUGUCGAAUUUUCCGUAUUGUUGGAUGCUGACAUUAGCUCUCCCGACCUCGAGGCUAUCAUAUUGGACGAGUUGGAAAACGGUGACAAUAUUGCAUCAAAGUUGGACCUAGGUGACUCGUUCCUAUCGGUGAAUGCAAGAAAUAUCACUGAUGUGACACCAUCCGAAGCUCCAUCCAUAUCACCAACGGAUGCUCCCUCUAGAUCACCAACCAAUAGUCCGACCGAGUCUCCUACAGUUCAGUUGGCAACAGAAGUUCCUGUUGGCCCUACGCUCGUGCCAGAGCCGCAACCAACACCUGUUCCAAGCAUAGCCACACCCAUUACUGUGAAUGCGCCCGUAUUGGUUCCAACAAGUCAGUCUCCUUCUGCAGUGCCAAGGGAGGGUCCAAGUACCUCGCCAUCUACAAUGACAUCCAUGACUCCGUCUUCUUCACCAACAUCAAUGUCACCAACCGUAUCACCGAUAGCUUUGGCUUCAAGCUCCCCAUCCACAAAGCCAUCAGUAGCACCAGACGCUUUGUCAACACCUGGUCCAACGACGGAGUCAAGUGUAUCACCGACAGCUUUUGCAUCAAGCUCGCCAUCCACAAAUCCAUCGGCAGCACCAGUACCUUUGUCGACACCCGGCCCAACAAUAAAGCCAACAGUUUUGCCUUCGAGCUCACCAACCACCACAAAGCCAUCGGUAGCACCGGUACCUCCGCCAACACCUGGUCCGACAAUGGAGCCAAUCUUGGCCACCAAGGAUCCAACGGCCGUACCAAGUCGUGCUCCAACCGCCAAACCGACGUCGAAACUCACGCGAGCUCCAACGCCUCCCCCAACGCAACUGUUAUUAUGGAAUAAUGUAACCUACUGGAAUUCGACAGGCAGUUUUCUAACGCGAACUCCUACCCCAGCACCGACGCCGGGUGCAACCACGACUACUGACACCUACUGCUGUUCUCUCAACUACCAAGACUGCAAUGUCAUUUAUCCCUAUUGCAAUACCAACGAACAAAGGUGUACCGAAUGCAGUGGGAACUACAUUCAGGAGGGUAGUUGUCCUGCCCCUGGAAUUCCCACAUGGGGAGAUUGCUCUCAAAAUCCGACUGGUUGCUGUGCGCCGUUGCGAUGUGUCGCUCAGAGUCAAUGGUAUUCCCAAUGCGUGGAGUAA